UCGGUCCGACUAUGAAGAGUUUCCAAUCUAGGUUCUUUCUGUGAAUGUGGCCAAAAAUUUGUUUACUUGAAGACGCAGCGCGAGAAUGCGAUAUAACCUAAUUCUGUGUUUCCUGCCGAUUUUGUCCGUUUUUAUUGUCGAUUUUUGUAUCUUUGCUUAAGGCAGUGUUAUUUUAAAGUACAAAGAGUGUUUCUUAAGGAAAUACGCGUUCAAAUAUGAAGUAUUGAGAAACCGACAUAACCUAUACGUUGACUUCCGUAUGGAAUUAUUGUUAAUAUUGUUUUUAAACGACAUCCGAAGAGGAGACUCUUUGUGAGAGCAUCGAGCAGAGAUAACUUGUACAUAAUGUCGGAUGAUGAGGAUCUUGUUUACGUUAAGAAACAAAAGACCGUUCAUUAUGGCUCUCUCGAGGAGGCCGAGCGCGUUCGCCUUGCGGCGGCGGCGACCGAAUCUUCCGAGGAGGAGAAAGAUAAUGCAAAUGGUACCGACGCACCUGUUAAUGCAAUGUCGGCAGGGAAUGUACACAUUUCUAAUGAGUACAUGGAAUUGGAAGAUGAAAUGUCAAAGGACAGACAAGCCUUGCUUGAGGAGUUUGAGAGGCGGAAGAAAGCGAGGCAAAUUAAUGUAUCAACGGACGACUCUGAAGUUAAGAGGAAUCUGCGACAAUUGGGAGAGCCGAUAUGUUUGUUCGGAGAGGGUCCCGCGGAUCGCAGAACUAGGCUAAGGGAAUUAUUAGCGAGUCUCGGAGAAGAUGCGAUUAAAAAGAAACAUGAUGAGGAAGAGAGACCGACUCAUCCCAUGGAAAGAGACUCCGAGACAACUUGGUAUCACGAGGGACCUGAAGCGCUGCAAAUUGCUCGUUCCUGGAUAGCGACAUAUUCAUUACCUCGAGCAAAAGCCAGGCUGGAAAAAGCGAGGCAGGACUUGGAACUUCCAGGGGCAACUCGCACCGCUCGCAGACAAGAGCUUUUGAAAAAGUUGCAAGCUCUGAGUAUAUAUUGUUCGCAAAUUGGCGACACCAGGCCUAUUUCUUACUGCCAAUUCAGUCCCAAUUCGGAGAUCCUUGCAACUGCUUCGUGGUCCGGAUUGUGCAAGUUAUGGUCCAUUCCAGAUUGUACUUUAUUGCGAACGCUUAAAGGGCAUGCAUGUAACGUUGGUUGUAUUGUGUUUCAUCCCAAAGCUAUGGUAACGGAUGAAAUCGUUGGUGAGAGCCCUGGACGGACUUGUGUGCUCGCGAGUUGCGCGGCAGAUGGAAGUGUAAAACUAUGGAGCGGUGGAAAAGGUGAAGAGCCUUUGGCAGACGUGGAGGGCCACGAGCCUCACAGAGUGUCACGAAUAGCAUUUCAUCCAUCGGGCAGGUUCCUCGGCACAUGCUGCCAUGACGCUUCCUGGCGACUUUGGGAUCUCGAGCAGCAAGUCGAAGUGCUUCAUCAGGAGGGCCACGCCAGAGCGGUGCACUGUAUAAGCUUCCAGUGUGACGGCAGUGUCAGUGCGACAGGAGGUCAUGACUCCUUCGGCAGAGUUUGGGACCUUCGGACUGGUCGAUGCAUCAUGUUCAUGGAGGGCCACUUGAAGUCAGUCUUCGGCAUUGAUUUCUCGCCUAAUGGAUUCCACAUAGCUACGGCGAGCGAAGACAAUUCCUGCAAAAUCUGGGACUUGAGGAAACGAGCCUGCAUUUACACGAUCCCUGCACAUACGAACCUCCUUUCGGAUGUUAAGUACCAGAGGACCGAGGGCCAGUAUCUAGUGACUGCUUCUUAUGACAAUACUGCCAAGAUCUGGUCGAACAAGACUUGGCAGCCGCUCAAGACUUUGCCGGGACACGACGGCAAAGUAAUGUCGGUCGACGUCUCGCCGGACCACAGAUUUAUCGUCACGUCCUCUUACGACAGGACCUUUAAAUUAUGGGCCCCUGAAAGCGUGUAGUUCUGUUACCGGCCACGAGGAGGCGCGCCGUUACGAAGAGACGCGUCCACGUGGAGGCCCUCGAUCCCGGCCUCGCCGAGGAUGUUUAUAGAGCAGGGAUUUUAUUUAUUCGGAGCAGCUUGGAACCGUUCUAUGCUCGUGUUUCGGAAAUCUCAGCUUUAUAAGCUGCUGGGAAUUUAAUUGUAAAUCUAUCCAGGCCGGAUUUCAAGCGCAGGACGGCGGGAGGAAAUGAUUGUGACCUCUCGCAUCUUCCCGAAUAAAUGACAUC